AGGCAGUGUAUCUUCAAAAAAUAGCUAAAAGCUUGUAUUAAAGAACAAAUUCCUCACCUUUGAUUUAUAUUUUAAAAUUUCUUGUAAUUCCCUGCCAAAAUCAAGAAUGAAUCUUGGCUCUACCGUUAAUGAAUGAGUGCAAUCUUGGUAAAGUUUAUACGAAAAACAUUACCCUGAGAGGAAACUGUUUAGCGCAUCAUCCAUAAGGUCGUGAUGGCGGAUCUCGACUAUCCCAGCGUGGACGUAACCCUGGCAACGAGCGCGCCCCCCUUCAACAGCGGGGAGAUCGAGAUGACCCUGCAGAUGAAGCUGACCCUCUUCGGCGUCGGCACCGUCAUCCAGCCCGUCAUCAUCUUCGUCGGCUUCAUCUCCAACGUCGUCAACGCCGUGAUCUUCCUUAAAAUGGGUCUGAAAGACAGCAUCUCCUUGUGCUUCUGGGUGCUCUCCUGCACCGACAUGUUCAGCCUCGUCCUGCUGUUUGCCAUUCGCUACGUCACCAAUUUCCCUUUAUAUCUCCCGGCCGGCGUUCACAUCGACAGCCUGACCCUGGUGUUCCUCAUCGUCUACUACUACCUCUUUGUCUACGACAUCUCCCAGCUGAUCACCGCGUACAUCGCCGUCCAGAAGUGCUUCUGCGUGGCCUUGCCCUUCAAGUUCAGGACCACGUUCACUCGCCUGCGAUCGUUUCUCGUCAUUGCCGCGAUUUCACUGGCGUGUCUAGCACUCUACGUCCCCAUCUUCACGGCCCAGGGUAUCAGCGAGGCGAAGAACGCCCAAGACAAUUCCACCCAACUUCUAUUUUGGACAUCCAGCAGUCGGGCCAAUAUCAUUGUUGUGGUAAACUUCUGGGGUAUUCUUCUACCAACCGCUUGCCAGAUCACGGUCAUGGCCUGCCUGGUUGUUUUGGUCGGAAGCCUCAAGGAAUCCUCUAAAUUUCGCCAGUCUCUCCUUUCAUCCCCCGACGACGUCUCCGUAGUAAACGGGCGUUGCAAAGAUAACGCCGUCGGCGCCGGAAUGUCCCAAAAGGGAAGCGCUGACGCCGACGGCUCUCGAAAAGUGAGAAAAAGGAGCAAAGAAAUGCAGGCGGUUUACUCCGCGACGUUCGUCUCCCUCAUCUUCGUGAUGUGCAACUUCCCGCGGCUCCUGAUCUCCUACACGAGUCUGGUGCAGCCCGAGUUCAACCUACUGAGGCGCUACGCCGGCAUCUACAUACUUCUCAAUAUAUUUCGGAACACCUUCGAGGCACUGAGUUCGAGCCUCAAUAUAUUUGUGUUUCUGAAAUUCAACACACGGUUUCGUAACACGUUGCUCGGUUGUCGUGUCAGGGGCUAGCGGUUGACCUUUGAAGUGGUUAUGGUGACUGAGGCCAGAGGUUGACCUUUUGAAGGGGUUGUGGUGACAGGGGCUAGUGGAUGAUAUUUGAAGUGGUUGUCUUGACAAUGGCUAGAGGUUGAUCUCUCAAGCGUGAAAUCUUUUAUAAGUGAAACGUCAGAUUAUUAAAAUAAAACUAUACAUGUAUAUGUAGAUACACUGAAGCGCCCUUUUAAGGCUAUUACAGAUUUCUUUUGUGGAUCAAAAUAAUCAGAUUCUUGGUAUGGGACAUUUAGCUGCCCGCUUCUCUCAUAAAAACCAUUUGGCUACAGCUUCUUCCAUCAAAACCAUUUGGCUACAGCUUCUCCCAUCAAAACCAUUUGGCUACAGCUUCUCCAAUAAAAGAACAUUUGGCUACAGCUUCAUCCAUCAAAACCAUUUGGCUACAGCUUCUCCCAUUUAAAACCAUUUGGCUACAGCUUCUCCCAUUUAAAACCAUUUGGCUACAGCUUCUCCCAUUUAAAACCAUUUGGCUACAGCUUCUCCCAUAAAAACCAUUUGGCUACAGCUUCUCCUCUAAAACCAUUUGGCUACAGCUUCUCCCAUUUAAAACCAUUUUGCUACAGCUUAUCCCAUUUAAAACUAUUUGGCUACAGCUUCUCCCAUUUAAAACCAUUUGGCUACAGCUUCUCCUAGAACAGCUAUUUAUCCCCAGCUUCUCCGCGUUGCUGUAAUCGCAAUAAUAAACGGACACAUUUUCUCUUCUCAGGUCUUAAUUAACCACUCAAUAAAUGCUUACAUUAGUUAACGGUCUGCUGGCUCAGCGUCGGGUUAGAUUGCCCUUUCCAGGCAUUCAUAGAACUUAAC